AACUCAUUAUCCUUCAUUCUUCAUCAAUCUCAAUAUGGCCGCUCUUGAUACCCUACCUAUCGAACUUAUCACAAAUGUCGCCAGCUAUCUGUCACCUCAAGAUGUCAAAACCUUGAGCCGCACCAGCUGGUUCAUGCGCCAUGCUGUUGUUGGGGUCCUGUUCCGAACCCUCUACAUUCCUUGCCCGCUGGCAUCCACGCGUGCUCUAGAAGAGCUCAUCCACAAGUACCAAAACUUCAUCUCUAGAGUUCACUUACAUGUAUACUUCCAACCUAACAUAGAGGAAAAACCCCACGACGGUCCUAUGCCCAGCGUAUGGGGGACAGCCCCAACUGACACACUCAAGAGAAUCGUGCGAGGCGAUAUCCUCAGCAAUGUCAGUUCUUUCGUCGUCGACUUUAAUGCGAGAAAUUUUGAGCAUGAUGGCUGGUGGGGAGAAACCGCAUCUUGGUCAGAUCCAAAUAUGCUUGGCAGCAUUGUUGACAAUGAAGAGAACUGGGAUCAGACACUGCAACAAGAACGCGAGAUUGUAUGGCGUGCGCAGUACAAUGAUGUCAUGCAGACCAUUUCAACAAACCAAAACAUCACAAACCUCAAGAUAUCAAACCUCAUUCCCAGGAACGCUUCGGCAUGGGAAACGCCGGAAUGGGAGUCCUUUCUCGGAAGGCUGCAGGUUUUGGAGAUUGGUGUCUUUGGCGGCGAUGACGGCGAUUGUUGGCACACGAAGCCCGGAUUCGCAGAGUUUAUCGGGAAUUUGCCGCACUUCGUCAUGAGGCAUGCGCGAAACGUUCGGCAUCUUACUCUCGAAGCCAGCCCUGACGGUCUAUUUGGAGGGGCAUCUGCCAACUACUGCAUCCCUCUGCCCUUGAAGGAAGACCACUUCCUAUUCCUCCACUCGCUCACGCUCAAGAAUAUCAUGAUCGGACCUGAACUGGUAGAGUUUCUCACCAGCCGAGUCGAUAGCUUUGAGGAGCUUGAGCUAUAUGACUGUAUGUGUGACGGGCCUGAUUGGGAAUACGGAUCUGAUAGAGAACUAGACCCCGUGACUUGGGCUGGUCUCUGGAAAGCCAUUCGGGAGAGCAAUAUACGACUUUUCAAGGUGUCUGUCGUGCAAAGCAGAACACCUCCGCUUAUGUGGCGGGAGGAUGAUAGCAAGGAGUUUGAGACCAUUGAGGAUUCUGUGGAAGCUGCGAGGAUCCGAAAGAUGCUUGAGGAGGAUAGCCAUCUGGUGCUGUGGAGAUAUGCUAGGGUUGAUUAUAAGUAUGGUUGGGUUGUAGACUUGUCGGAUGAUAAUGUUAAGUAUUUUGAGGCAGGUGAGGAUCAGCGGGAGUAUGUGAAGCUUCUGAAGGUGUUGGAGGAGAGGAACAGAUAG